ACAAAAUAUAUUGAUAUAACGGUGUAGCAAAUGCAUUUCUGCCUAAUGCGAAGAAAAUUCAAAGUGGAAGAAAGAAUAUUUAUUAUAAGGCGAAAGAAUAAAAAAAUGAACCGAACAAACGGAAUUCAUAUUGCCAUUGGCAUAGUAUAUCUGGCAACCCUGGUAAAGACUGAGCAAUGCAAAAUUCCUUCACCAGCCGUAGAAGAUAUAGAUGUUGAUAAGUUUCCAGGAACAUGGUACCAAGGUCUUCGUACAAACGAUCCAGUAAUGUCUGAAGAUGUACUAUGUUCAAAAUUACAAAACUUUACAAAAACGAAGGAAGGUUGGAAAAUGGUGGUAACGGAAUACCAUAAAAAUUCUCCGCCUGGUGUUUUUCCAGAACGAAACAUAAAACAGCGCAAAGGAGUUUACACCAUAAACAAAAAAGAUGAUCUUGGACUCAUCAAUUCUCAAACUUUAAGUGCCGAUGGAGGAUUUAAUGAAGCCGCUGCAGCAAUAGAUGAUGCGCUUCUCAGUAGAGAACUUCUUCAACUGAGCGAUUAUAAAAACUACUUUAUCACAGCUUUUUGCAGUUUUAACAGGUGA